AGGCUUAUUUCCAUAGUGUCUUUUCGCUUUCGACUAAAGCAGUUCAACUUCAUAUUCAAUCGCGCGACAGAAUUAAAGAACACGAGUAAGUAGCAUAAAACAGCAGUAACGCUAGCUUUAUUUUUUGAUGAGUCAAUCUCAGUUUCAAUCUGUUUAACUUUAAUUUCUUUCUCACCGCAGAUAAUCCUUCGGUUUGUUGCAGCACCAGAAAAAUACAACAUGAUGCAGAAAGCCCUACACAAGGUUCGCUUUUCGCUCCCGGUGAGCAUAAUUUUCGCUUCGGCGUUCAUUUCAUCCACCUUGGUGGUGCAGGGUGCGGACAACAAUUUUCGUGCCUCCAGUCCAACCCCUUCGGUGGUUUUGCGAAGAGACUAUGGUGCCACGACCAAAGGGCCGGCGAAGUUUGGGUUUGCAGGGUUGCAGGCGAAGCAGGAAGCCGCAAGGGCGAAAGCGAAAACCGCUGGUAGAACAAGUUUUCCUCCUGUUGAAGACCAAAACACUACAAGCAAGGGGGCUGACAAAUCCCAACAGCCGCGGCCGGUUCCGAGGAUCCCACUACCGGGCGGUCGCGACCCAGAGCCAGACUCGAAAAACGCAUGGCUGAACGAACUUUUAGAGCUAGAAGAACGUGGGCCGGAACCGCAAGCGCGGCCACCGGUGCAGGACCCGAGCGAGAUGAUGACUGUUGGGGAACAAGAUGCAGCUUCCGCCGAUGAGGAAAAGCUGGACGCAGAUGAUUCGCCCACCGAGAUUCCUGUUCCCGUUGCCGAUGAAAAGAAAUUCGCUUCGCCCACCGAGGAACCCAUCCCUCCGCCGCCGCAUUUUGUGGGCCGCGCUAGCAGCAACGGUCGUGCGGGAGCUGCACUGCCACGCGUGGAAGACACUGGUGUUCCUGAAGCGCAGAUGAACACAAUUCUUGAGAACCCGCGCCCCAUUUCCGUGAGACAGGGAGCCGCGGGAACUACAUCAAAGCGGACGACGAGAGCGAGAUCUGCUUCUUCGUCCUCCAAUUCUUCCAGCAGCAGCAGCUCUUCCAGCUCGAAUGCAUCUUCCAAAAAAACACGGAUCGCCAAUCAGCAGUCGCGCAAGACGGUAAUAAAACUAUGGCACGAUGGUACGGCGCGGCACCAAGGAGGGCUGCGCGCAUCGAAAAAGGGCGACAGAGAGGACGCCGUGGCCGCUCCCCUGACGAGCAAAAAUCCUCCGCCACAGUAUGUACCACCUACUCAGGUUGCAACGCCGCUAUCACAGAAAGGCGGACGGGAAAAGAACAAGAAGAAAAUCAUGGUGCAAGAGACCACCAAAAAGCGGUCGUCGGCUGCUUCUAUGCAGCCGCCGGCGCCGAAGGUGCAACGCCGAGAGAGCCCGUCGCCGUGUCCCAGUGUCGCCACCAGCGCGCCCGCUGACGUGGAAGUAGGGGAAUUUGGGGUAGAGACGGUAACAGGACACUUUCGACCUCCCACUUCUGUCGUUGUACCGCAAACACGACGUCAAGCUGCUGCGUCUUCUGCGCGUACUAGUACAGCUAAACGCCGCCCCAGGACGAGUUCACAAGACGAUACCCCGGCUGCUGUCGUCAGCCGCUGGUAUAAUGUCGAACUACAUCCGGAGGAAAUAAACAAAGAAGUUCUUGCUGUUCCGAGGGAAAAUAAACCGCCACGCCAAAAAACUCUUGCGCCAGUGACUGUCUGCGACGAGGAAAGGAGACCAACGCAGCAGCCGGCGUCGCGCCUUCAUGCACCGCCUGCUCCAGUUUCGAUUGCUUCGUCCAACAUCUCGUCCGAAACAGCUGCGACAAGCGGUAGAGCAGCUCCUGAGAGGUGGACUACAGCAGAUCCUUCUGCGCCGCAAGAACAGCCUGCUUUUCCUGCAGAAGACGAUGCGCAGUCAGUCGUUGCGGUAAACGAUCCGUAUCAGGGCGUAUCGGCCAUGUACGGGUCCUACGAGCAGGAUGAUGAACAAGAAGCAGCUCCUGCUGAUAAAUCCGACGUCGGAGAUGAAGCCCACACCGGAGCUGCUCCAGCUGCGGUCGAAGAUCCUUAUUCUAUCUUUCCUGCUGGAUCCACGACGUCCUCCACCGCGCGAGCUCCUUCGAGGUCGCCUUCUGUUGCGUCCACGAAGCGGGCCGUUGCCACUUCUGACCCUUACUUGGAGGGUAAUGUUACUUCCUCUGCUGCUCAAGUCGCUUCUGCCGUUGCUGCUCCGACAGAGCCUGCUACUGCUUCCAGUAGUUCUGCAGGCCGUGUGCAGAAGAAACGAAAAGCUCGCCCGGCGGCCAGAAGCAAACGCGGACUCAGUUUGCUUAGAAAAACAGGCGUCUCCCCAAAAGCAUGGCGAAAGGUAGCAAAGCAAGGAAUGCUGCACGCAGAGCAGCCGAAAAUAAAGCCGAAAACCACGACCCCUGUCGUCCUGAAGCCGCGCGAGGGGGAGCUGAUUGUCCCUUUCCAGUCGGCAGCAGAGCUCCAUAAACAGGGAAAACAAGGGGAAGAACUUUGUGGACAAACCGCGCUGCGGUUCUUGGAGAGUGGAAACCCUGCUGUGCCUAACACCAUCGACGAGCUGGCUGAAAUUUUUGUACAAAUAAUGAAAAACAAAAAUCAC